GGAGACGAAGGCUGUUCGCUUGCCUGGCUCGUUGGGUUCGCUCCUGUCGUGGUCCGCUUUGCCGGCGAUCGCGGGGCUCGCCGCUGCCCAUCUGCUCGUGUCCGCCGCGUCCUUCGACCAGGCCGGCUCGGGAUGAUCCUCCCCGCGGAAGGGAUGAGCGCCGCGCACGGGGCCUGGGCGGCUGCAGGCUCGGCCCACAGCAAGGCACUACUCAAGAUGAGCUCCUCAUCGCUGCUGGAGGAGAGCUCCAUCGAGCCGCCGGUGCUGCUGAGUGACAUCAAGACGGAACCUCCAGAGGAGCUACUGGCCAGUGACUGUAGCCAGCCCCAGGCUGAGCCGGUCGACCUUUCCCUCAACAAAUCCAAGGCCUCCCUGCAGUCUCUGCCCUCAUCCGUCCGAUCCUCGCCCAUGUUGGCAACACCCCCCGUCCAGGCACCUGUGGUCUCCAUGUCGCCAACGGGGCUGGGCUCAUCCUCGGCCAUCCCUGCGGUGCUUUCCCCGGGCUCCAUCCUGGCUUCCACCCAGGGCAGCGGUGGGCAACAGAUCCUGCACGUCAUUCACACCAUCCCUUCUGUCAACCUCCCCAGCAAGAUGGGCAACCUUCAGACCAUCCCGGUGGUGGUACAGUCCCUUCCAGUGGUGUACACGACGAUGCCCAGUGAUGGUGUUACCGCUGCCAUCACCGUGCCUCUUAUUGGUGGCGACGGCAAGAACGCUGGCUCUGUGAAAGUUGACCCGAGCUCCAUGUGCCCCAUGGAGAUGAACAGCGACAGUGAAGACAGUGCCGUGGAGAGCGGCCCAGCGUUCUUCUCGGACCUGCAGAGAGAGUCCUCAGCGGGACGAAUGCAGCUGGCAGACUCUCCUGACCUGAAGAAGAGGCGGAUCCACCAGUGUGACUUCGAGGGCUGCAACAAAGUUUACACAAAGAGUUCACACUUAAAAGCACACAGGAGGAUACAUACAGGAGAGAAGCCGUACAAAUGCACCUGGGAGGGUUGCACCUGGAAGUUUGCUCGCUCUGAUGAGCUGACUCGGCACUUCCGAAAGCACACAGGCAUCAAGCCUUUCCGUUGUUCGGACUGCGACCGCAGCUUUUCUCGCUCUGACCACUUGGCUUUGCAUCGCCGGAGGCACAUCAUGAUGUGAGGGGGCUCACCCGUUCUCCCAUUGGCCAUGGAAGGAGAUGAACCGGUCCCUGCAGCUGGCUGAAUUCCUGCCUGAUAGUUGUGGCUGCUGCGGACAGAGUGUGUUUGCAAAGAGAGGGCCCCCCCUUCCCCUCCCAGUCCUUGCCACCUACAGAACUCCACAGAAAGAGCUGUGGCCUGGACUAGGGAAGUGCAGCUCCCGGGGCCGGCAAGUGUUGGGGACUGCGGACGUGCGGAUGGCCAGGCCUGAUGGAUGCUGCGUCAGUUGGAAUGGAUGCUUUGGUUUGUGGGGCAGUUGCUGCAGUGGGAUCUGGAUGAAGGCGGCGUUUGGCUCCUCCAUUCCCUGUGGCAGUUCUUGAUGAUUUCCCUGAGCUUCAGACCCAUCUCUCCCAGAAGCAGUCUGGGAUUUCAUUCAUUGCAGGCUUGAGUUUUCAACCUGGGGUUUCUGCGCACGUGCACAAACCCAACCCCGAAUCCCUAGAAAAAGGCCCGGGGGUGUGUGGGUGGGGGUGGGGUGGACACAAAACUUGUAAUGAAUUGUUUUGGGGGGUUUUUUUUAGAAAAAAAAGUUUUAAGGAGCAUUGAAACAAAGUCUGUAUUUGAAACCUGCCUUGGAAUCCUGCUUUUCAGUCUUCAGAUGCCCAAAGUUGUUCAGCACAAUUUAAUUAAGUUUUUGGGGAUUUCCGUUUUUGACUUCUCGAAGUUUGCCAUUAAAUGUUCCACUUCCCCCCGAAAUCGGUGACUUCAAUUGUGCCGUGAAAAGACUGGCUUCAGGAACUGUUGCAGACUAUUCCAAGAUCAAUGAAAUUUUAGAAUUCAACAAAUUUGAACUUGAGCAUUUUGGGGGGGGAUUUUUUUGGGGAGGGGUGAUCUGAUUAGUAUGUGGCAGGGCCAGUCCCCUCCGUGCCUGCUGCAUUCUUUCUUCCCUUUGGUCAUGUGGGUGAUUGACAAAGACAGCUCCAGUACUCCAGGGCCAGUGAUGGAGGAGGGGCCAAAAACCACAAAAAGGGAAAACUUUUGCGGAACAUAGAACUGUGAUGACUCAACUGUGGAAGGGGGGAUGUGGGGAUUUUGAAUUCUGCCUUUGUUGAUGUGGCAGGGAGAAAAAACCCCAUGAGCUUUCCCCAGCAUGGCCCUCUGCCUGUGGAUGGACUUGUGUCUUACUCCUUUUACAGAAGACUGGACUUGGCAGCCGCUUUGAACUGCAGAACUUGGGGGUUUGAAGGUCUGAGGGCGCCUUUUGAUUGACGGACACAUGUUGGGAUUUUUAGAAUUCGCUUUCGCUUUCCCUGCUCUUGAGGGGAGUCAAAUAUGAACAUGGUUU